AUGAGUCAUCGAAAAUUCGAACACCCCCGUCAUGGUAAUCUUGGAUUCUUACCGAAAAAGCGAGCACGUCGUCAUCGUGGCAAAGUGAAAUCAUUUCCAAAAGAUGAUCCCAAAAAACCAGUUCAUCUUACCGCUUUCAUUGGCUAUAAAGCGGGUAUGACGCACAUUGUCCGUGAAGUCGAUCGUCCAGCUUCAAAAUUGAACAAAAAAGAAACUGUCGAAGCUGUAACCAUCAUCGAAACACCUCCCAUGGUCAUCGUUGGUGUCGUUGGUUACAUCGUUACACCACGUGGUCUUCGUGCAUACAAAACCAUCUAUGCUCAACACUUGAACGAAGAAUGUCGUCGACGAUUCUACAAGAACUGGUAUUCGUCGAAACGAAAAGCUUUCUCGAAAUAUUCACAAAAAUGGAAUGAUGAUGCCGGAAAGAAAGCACUUGACAAUGACUUCAAGCAAAUGGCAAAAUACUGUAAAGUUAUCCGUGUGUUAGCUCAUACACAAAUGAAACUGUUACGUAAACGACAAAAGAAAGCUCACAUCAUGGAGAUUCAAUUGAACGGUGGUACCGUCGAACAAAAGAUUGCUUUUGCUCGCGAACAUUUAGAAAAACAAGUGCCCGUCACCCAAGUGUUCUCCAAAGACGAAAUGAUUGAUACCAUCUCUGUCACCAAAGGUCGCGGCUUCAAAGGUGUCACAUCACGUUGGCAUACAAGAAAAUUACCACGUAAAACACACAAAGGUUUACGUAAAGUCGCUUGUAUUGGUGCUUGGCAUCCAGCCCAUGUUUCACGAGCUGUUGCACGUGCUGGUCAAAAGGGUUACCAUCACCGAACAGAAAUCAACAAGAAGAUCUACCGUAUCGGCGAUGCUGUUCAAGUCAAAGAUGGUAAAACAGUGAAAAAUACCGGCUCAACUGACCAUGAUCCAACUGAAAAAACCAUCAAUCCAAUGGGUGGUUUCCCACAUUACGGUGAAGUUAAACAAGAUUUCAUCAUGAUCAAAGGCUGUUGCAUUGGUCCAAAGAAACGUCCAAUUACUUUACGUAAAUCAUUGAUUCUCAAUCCGAAACGUUCACACCGGGAACAAAUCGAUUUACGUUUUAUCGAUACAUCGUCCAAAUUCGGACACGGUCGAUUUCAAACUCACGAAGAAAAGCGCAACUUCAUGGGUCCACUCAAGAAACAUCGUCUCCAAGAAGAACAACAGACAGCCCAACCAUCAUCAACAACAACAGCACCAACACAAUCCGCUUAA